CCCAACUUUAACUAUUUCUACAAAAACAGUUCGGCUUUAGUUUCGACGCAUAUUCGGCAAGUCACCGUUCUUCGACAUCUAGUUCCAGAUCUCUGAUGAAAGAAACCCAAUCUAAACACCUCUCUUUGGAUCUUCUACUAGCACUAAAUCUUCAAAGAUAGGAUAGGGUUCAAUUCAUCUUGCUCCUGAGACUUCUAAAAAGUCGUGUACAACUUUAUAGGGAUAGCACCAGCCUUCUUGCCAGAAAUGGAUCCUGGUCGAUAUUGCCCUCAGCAAGAAUGGGAAAAUAACAGCGCUUUGGAGAGUUAUGGCGGAGUAAAUGAGCCUGAUUUCCAGGUUGGUGGUUCUUAUGAUGAUAGGAGAUUUAUUGAUGAACGGUUCUCAAGAGACAAUGUUUACUCAAGGAGUGGGUUCCACCAUGAUGGACUGGACAGGGAAGAGUAUCCACAUCCACCACCAGCAUUUGAAAUGUGGCCUCAAGCGAGGAGGAGAAGUUAUGAAGAAGAAUAUCCAAUAGAUAGGGAUUUACGGAGGAAUGAGAAGCUGCCUGCCAGGUAUGGAGGACGUGACCGAGAUGAUUAUGCCAAUGACCAUUAUGACUAUCGCCAUCGUGUUUCUCAUCAAAGCAGGGAACACAGCCGUGAAAGGGACUAUGAUUAUGGCAGACAUAGUUAUGAUUCUGACUAUGACAGAGGUAGUAGGAGAGAUAGUAACUGGAGACGACGUGGUUCUCGUGAUCGUGAGCAUGACCGGAGAGACUCAAGCCGGGAAAGAGACUACAGUGCAUAUUCAAGGCAUGAACAUUCCCGUUCACGGUCUCGUGACCGUGGGGAUUGCCUGAGGUCAAGGUCUCCUCGAAGUCGAAGUCAUAGUCGUAGUCAUAGAGAGGAUAGUUAUGAUGAAUUUCGAUAUGAUAGAGGUGAAAGGCGCAGAGACUCUGAUGACCGACGACAUCAUGAUAGCUAUUACUCAUUGUCUCCUUCCGCUACUGUUGUUGUUAAGGGUCUUUCUCAUAAGACUACAGAAGAAGACCUAUAUCAGAUCCUUGCUGAAUGGGGACCACUACGCCACGUACGUGUGAUUAAAGAGCGAAGUUCUGGCAACUCCCGUGGUUUUGCUUUUAUUGAUUUUCCAUCUGUGGGUGCUGCCCAAGCAAUGAUGGAUAAGCUUUGGGAUGAUGGUCUUCUUGUUGAUGGUAGGAGGCUAUUUUUUGAGUACAGUAGCAAACCAACUGGAGGGUCCAAUGGGCCACUGGGUAUUGAUAGUGUAAGAUCCACUCAAGGUAGCCACAGAAGAAUGACAGUGGCAUCUGAUUGGAUGUGCACUGUUUGCGGAUGCGUAAAUUUUGCACGGAGAACAUCUUGCUUUCAGUGUAAUGAGCCACGUACAGAUGAUGCUCCUCCAGCUGAUAUGACAAUGUCAAACCCUACAUCUCUUGCAAAGAGAGGAGAAGCAGGCCCUACCCAUGUUUUGGUUGUCCGUGGCUUGGAUGAAGAUGCUGAUGAAGAAAUGCUUCGGUAUGAAUUUUCUAAGCACUCUCCUAUCAAGGAUCUUCGACUUGUCAGGGACAAGUUCACCCACGUUUCAAGGGGAUUCGCUUUUGUGCACUUCUAUUCGGUCGAGGAUGCUUCUAAAGCUCUUGAAGCAACAAAUGGAACAACUUUAGAGAGAAAUGGGCAGAUUCUUAGAGUUGCUUAUGCAAAAAGUAUCCUUGGUCCAGGGUCAGGGGCUUCUGGAACUUCUCAGGCUAGUACCCUUGCUGCUGCUGCAAUUGAAGCAGCAGCGUUCGCUCAACAGUAUGAUGCUAUUGGAUGGGCACCAAAGGAAUACAAUCCAGAUGAAAAGCAUUCUAAUGUGGUGCGAGAGCAGGCUGGAGAAGUUGCGCAUCAGGAGGAUGGUUCUGCCCCACAGUCCGGUUUUGUGUGGGACGAAGCAUCUGGCUAUUAUUUUGAUGCUGCUUCUGGGUUCUACUAUGAUGGAAAUACAGGUUUGUAUUAUGAUGGAAACAAUGGAAUCUGGUACUCUUAUGAUCAACAGACCCAGCAAUACAUUCCGUGUGGCGAUCAGAAUGACAAAACCUCACAGAAUCAAGAAGAAAAUGCAUCCAAUGCAAGAAAGGUGAUCAUAUCUGCACCUGCAACAAUGACAUCAUCAUCCAAUGAUAAGACCCCCUCGUUACCAGAUGCCAUACAAGCUGCAGCAACCGCUGCAAUGGCCGCAGAGAAGAAGGAGAAGGAGAAGUCAUCAAAAGAAAUAAAAAUUGCAAAAAGCAGCAUUCUUGCCAACAAGAAGAAGAUGAGUAAUGUAUUAACAAUGUGGAAGCAAAGAACUCAUGAAAGUCAAGCACCCCGUGUUGCUCUUGAUGACACUGAGACAGUAGAUGAAGAAAGACCCAACUCGGCCACAAAAGCUAUAUCAAGCAGUGAGUCGGUCGUCCCGACUGUCCAGUCAGUGGGAAUGGGAGUAGUAGUACCUGUGAAGGGUGUCAUUAGAAGCUCAGGAAUAGGAGUGGUGAAAAACGACACCACUUUAUACACAGGAUCUUUAGGAACUUCCUCUACUCCUUUGACUAAUACAGAGGUCUCAACAAUUGCAACACCCUAUAGAAUGGAUCCAUCUGCAUUGAGUUCCCACACAUCAGCCGUGACAGCUGCUAGUGGUGGUAAAAGAAGGUUUUCUGAAAUUCCGUCCCAACACAUUUCUGAUAAGGAACAAUCUACAAACAAUAGUAGCGCCUAUCGAGAUCGUGCUGCUGAGCGGAGGAGUUUAUACGGUUCAUCAUCAUUUGGAAACAAUUUAUCUGAUCUUGGGGAUUCAAAUCGGGAUUCCACAUCAAGAAGGGGCGUCUUUGACCCAACACCUUUCCCACCGGGCGUUGGGGGUGGUCGUGUUUCUGGAGAUGCAAAUCCUCAGAGCUAUGAGGUUAUAACUUCUGAUAGAGCUAUCGAUGAGAGUAAUGUUGGGAACCGUAUGCUCAGAAAUAUGGGCUGGCAAGAGGGCUUGGGAUUGGGUAAGGAUGGAAGUGGGAUGACAGAACCGGUCCAAGCACAGUCCAUUGACAAGCGAGCAGGACUUGGAAGUCAACCAAAGCCAAAGAAAGUGGAUCCAAGCCUUGAAGUACAGGCUGGUGAUAGCUACCGAACUCUUAUACAAAAGAAGGCCAUUGCUAGAUUCCGUGAGAUGUCUUAGCUAAUCAUAGAGUUUGGCGUUGUGUUCUUUGUUAUACUGAUAUGACUUGGUGUAUAGACCUCGGCUAAACUCUCUAGGUAUAAUGUGAUUUUGAUUUUGAGCAAUUUUUUAUUUUGCUUUUUCCCCUCAUUGCCCAGUUGAGCAAACUCUGGUCAGUCUGGUGUUCAAUACUUGGUUAUUUGAAAUGUAUUUUGUUUAUAAUGUUGAUAUCCUUUUAACUACUCUCUAGAUUCUUUUCUUUAGUAGUUUGUAUGAAAAUUAAAUGUGUAAUUAUAUGUUGUAGUAUAGUUAUUCGCCUGC